UUGUUUAUUUUUUUUAAGUGAUUGCGUGAGACUGAAGAAAAGUUUUUGUGCCUUUUUACUAUACAAGAAAAAAAUGGCAGAAGAAGAGAAUUCACUUGAAUAUACACCCACUGACCCACAUGGAUCGUAGCGUUUAUCUGUUUCAUCAUCGUUCUCUUAUCUCUUCUUCCUGAACGUUUUCUUGAAAGGGGAGGAGUUUUAGAUAGUCAUCUGGAGGCGUGGAAAAUAUUGCUGUAGAGAAACCAGCAGGAGCUUGCACGAACAUCCUUUUCUCAUCAGGAACCACCGGUGAGCCACAGGCUAUCCCAUGGACCAACAAUUCUCCUCUGAAAUCUGCUGCUGAUGCUUGGUGCCAUAUGGAUGUUCAUCAAGGAGAUGUUGUUGCUUGGCCGACCAACCUUGGGUGGAUGAUGGGUCCGUGGCUCGUUUAUGCUUCCUUGAUAAAUGGAGCUUGCAUGGCGUUAUACAACGGUUCACCUCUUGGUCCUGCUUUUGCCAAGUUUGUGCAGCGACCUCACACCGGCUCAAACACUUGAUCUUCUUUGUUCCAAGAACUACUUAAUGGUGGAUAUAAGAUCAGAGAAAGAAAAGGAAAAAUCUGGGAUUCCUCGUCUCCCUUCAAAUGCUAAGAACAGUAUGAUCGCCAUUCCAUUAGAAGAGCUACCGAACAAAGUUAAAGGAAUCGUGAGGAACUCAAAACGUGUCGAAGCAGAAAUAGCAGCGUUAAAGAUAUCUUACCUCAAGAGAAUCAACAAAGGCUCCAACAUCAUCAUCAUGGACUCGUACUAGGACUCCGCUAAAAUAGUGGCGAAAACGUUAAAGGUUCUCGGGUUUAAAAACUGAUGGAUCGUUACUGAUGGAUUCUCUGGUGGGAGAGGAUGGUUGCAGAGCCGGUUAGGCACUGAUUCUUACAACUUCUCGUUCGCACAGGUGUUGUCUCCAUCCAGGAUUAUCCCGGCAGUUUCUAGGUUUGUUACUAGAUCAGGAACCAAGUUCCUUCCUAGGUCCGACUGAAUAAAAACAAGAGAAUGUAUCAUCAGCUAAAGCAAGUGUUGUUUUAUAUUCCUUUUUAUAUCUCAACUUUGAGAGAUCUUUUGAUAAGAUUUUCGAAUUAUUAUUUUGUCUUUUACAUCGAUGAUCAGAAGUGGAACCAACUUUGAAAGAAGAAGAAGAAAUGAUCAAAUAAACA